AUGUCGUCCUCACAUGAUUAUCUCCAUCCCCUCCAACGGCCAGAAGACCUUGACGAUUAUUCAGGCUCUGAUGACGACGAUUUGGACCUCGAGGAGCUCGAUCCCGAUACCGCAUCACCUCAGCCCUCUCGAGCUUCCAGAGACUACGCGAGUCGUUCACGAAACUAUGGACCGGGGAUCGCUUUGCGGAAUUUACGUGUCGGUGUGGGCAGCAGAUGGAAACGAAGCGCCUCCGGGCACCACGGGGCGGCAGAUGGGGACACGGAGGCGUUGCUGGAGGACCGCGGGGACGGUGGACCUCGAAGGUCCCAUGGCAGCUCGCAAAACCUAGCCGAAGAUGAUGCGCCAUUGCUCGAUCGUCGCGACUCGACUCGAUUGUCACGGGAAGACGAACCAUCGAAAAAGGGCGGUCGAUUACGUCUACCGCGUCUAAGAGGCCCCGGUUUCCUUCAGAGUACCGCAAACCGGCUGCGCGGAAAUGUCGAAGAUCAAGAGAAUAAACCUCCGCGCGAAGUCCUUGUUGGCCAAUACCAAACCACCAAAUACCCAGCGAAUGUCGUCUCGAACGCGAAAUAUACCCCCUGGAGCUUCCUGCCCCGCACCCUGUAUAACGAAUUUUCCUUCUUCUUCAACAUCUAUUUCUUGCUCGUCGCCUUAUCGCAAGUCAUUCCUAUGCUACGGAUUGGUUAUAUGUCUUCAUACAUUGCACCUUUAGCCUUUGUUGUCACAAUAUCCUUAGGAAAGGAGGCCCUGGAUGACAUUGGUCGACGACGUCGAGAUGCAGAGGCAAAUGCGGAAGAGUUCACGGUCGUGUCUCUCGAGAGGUCAAAUGCGAUGGAGAUGACGAAAAAGUCUCGAGAUCUGAAAGUUGGAGAUGUGCUCAAAAUCCGGAAAAACCAGCGCCUACCCGCUGAUGUCGUGAUUCUGAAGAGCGUCUCGAACGAUUCAAAUUCAGAGCGCGAGCGCCAAGCAUCAAUGGACGAGCCCAUCCCUGGGCCGUCUGCCGACCUGCUCAACUCCCCUAUACCUGGCCCUACUUCUCUUGAAGAGAGCUGUAGUGCAAAUCCCGCAGACGCAUCCUCUGCCAGCGACACUUUCAUCCGAACUGAUCAAUUAGAUGGUGAAACUGAUUGGAAGCUUCGGUUACCUUCUGUCCUCUCUCAAUCUCUUCCUUUGAAAGACCUAACGCGGCUCAAGAUCACCGCCAGUCCCUCAGAUAAGCGAGUAAACCACUUCGUUGGAACCAUUGAACUAGGCCCUCCUACUGGUUUCUACGAUGCCCACGUCGACAAGUCCACUGCUUCUCCCACUAAUAACAACGGGGCCCAGGAUGGCGAAAUCCCGCAUACCAACUCUGCGCCGUUGAGCAUCGACAACACUGCUUGGGCCAAUACUGUCCUCGCUUCCAACACCGUGACCUACGCUGCAAUCAUCUACACGGGCUCGCAAACUCGAGCUGCUCUUUCCACGUCUCCAUCAAGAUCAAAAGUUGGCUUGUUAGAAUAUGAGAUCAACAGCCUGACGAAAAUCUUGUGUGCGUUGACCCUCACCUUGUCUAUCAUCUUAGUUGCCCUGGAAGGGUUCGAGCCGACCAACGACAAGGAGUGGUAUGUAGCGAUAAUGAUCUACCUCAUCCUCUUUUCUACCAUCAUUCCUAUGAGUCUUCGAGUGAAUUUGGACAUGGCCAAGUCUGUCUACGGUCGAUUCAUUCAGCGCGACAAGGACAUUCCCGAUACCUUGGUGCGAACAAGCACAAUCCCGGAGGAUUUGGGCAGGAUCGAAUAUCUGCUCUCCGACAAGACCGGGACUCUGACUCAGAAUGAAAUGGAGUUGAAGAAGAUUCACGUCGGUACUGUAUCCUAUGCCAACGAAGCAAUGGACGAGGUGACUUCUUUUAUUCGCCAAGGCUUUGCAGGCAAUGCUUUGACGACACCAUCGACUGUAUUUGGCACGCAGGCUGGUCAGGCCGCUGCUCCGCGCACCAGGAGAGAAAUUGGAUCUCGGGUCAGAGACCUAAUUUUAGCCCUCGCCCUAUGUCACAACGUCACUCCAACCGGAGAAGAGGAAGAGGAUGGGCGAAAAGUGACCAACUAUCAAGCCUCAUCUCCUGAUGAGAUAGCAAUCGUUCGAUAUACCGAGGAGGUUGGCUUGAAGCUCUCGUAUCGCGAUCGCCAAAGCAUCGUACUCGAGUCUACCGAUUCGAAGCAGGUUGUCGUCCGUGUCAAAAUCCUCGACAUCUUCCCCUUUACCUCUGACAGCAAACGCAUGGGUAUCAUUGUCCAAUUUGAUCAAAGUGAAAAUGUUCUUGAUGCGGGUGCUAGUGCAGAGCCAGAGAUCUGGUUCUAUCAAAAGGGCGCCGAUACGGUUAUGACCUCAAUUGUUGCGGCAAACGACUGGCUUGACGAGGAAACCGCAAAUAUGGCUCGUGAGGGCCUGCGCACGCUGGUCGUUGGGCGCAAGCGCCUUUCCGUCCAGCAAUAUCAGGAAUUUGCAGGCAAAUUCAAGCAGGCCUCCCUCUCUCUUCAAUCACGAGACGUCGGUAUGGCCAAGGUUGUAAGCGAGUACCUAGAACGAGACUUGGAAUUGCUCGGUGUGACCGGUGUGGAGGAUCGCUUGCAACGAGAUGUCAAGUCUUCACUGGAAUUGAUGCGCAAUGCUGGUAUUAAGAUUUGGAUGUUGACUGGCGAUAAGGUCGAGACUGCGCGUUGUGUUGCUAUCUCUGCUAAGCUUGUCUCCAGAGGACAGUACAUUCACACCGUUUCUAAGGUGACGGACAAAUCAACGGCCCAAGAAGCCCUAGAUUUCCUGCGCAACAAGACUGAUUGUUGCCUCCUGAUCGAUGGCGAGUCUCUCAAUUUGAUGCUGGGAGAGUUCCGGUCUGCUUUCAUCGCCGUUGCGGUGCUCCUGCCUGCUGUCAUUGCGUGCCGUUGCUCGCCGACGCAGAAAGCCGAGGUUGCCAACUUGAUCCGUCAGCAUACCAAGAAGCGUGUCUGCUGCAUUGGCGAUGGUGGCAACGACGUCUCCAUGAUCCAGGCUGCCGACGUUGGCAUUGGUAUUGUGGGCAAAGAAGGUCGCCAGGCUUCUCUCGCCGCAGACUUCAGUAUCACCCAGUUCCACCACCUUACCAAGCUUCUGGUCUGGCACGGGCGCAACUCUUACAAGCGGUCCGCCAAGCUUGCACAAUUUAUCAUGCAUCGCGGUCUGAUCAUUGCUGUAUGCCAGACCAUGUACAGCAUCGCGGGGCACUUCGACCCGAAGGGUUUGUUCAUUAACUGGCUAAUGAUUGGAUACGGCACGGUCUAUACCAACGCACCCGUGUUCUCACUCGUAUUGGACAAGGAUGUCGACGAGCGCCUUGCCAACCUCUACCCGGAGUUGUACAAAGAGCUCAAGACCGGCAAGAGCCUGAGCUACCGCUCGUUCUUCACCUGGGUUCUCAUUUCCGUCUACCAGGGUGCCGUCAUCCAGGGUCUAUCUCAGAUCUUGCUGCAUACCAUCACUGGGCCACGUCUUCUCAGUGUGUCCUUUACAGCCCUGGUUCUGAAUGAACUGGGGAUGGUCGCCAUCGCAAUCACAACCUGGCAUCCCGUGAUGAUCUUCUGUCUUCUCGGUACUCUUCUACUCUACGCGGGCAGUAUUCCCUUCCUCGGUGACUAUUUCAACCUCCGCUUCGUGAUCACCCUUGACUGGCUGUGGCGUGUAUUCGCCGUUUUGGCAGUGUCACUGAUUCCCGUGUGGGCGGGCAAGUUGAUCAAGCAAUCGUGGAGUCCGCCAAGUUAUCGGAAGGUGCGCGGCUGA